UCCCCGCAUAUGCACCCAUCGCUGGCCAUGUUUCGGUCUCGGUGGCAUGCACACCGCGUGGCAGCUGACCGAGGAUUUCCUGUUGGGAAACACCAAAACAUCCGUCGGAAGGACAUCAUGACCCCAUCCAUCUCUCUCUUUUUUUUCGUCUCACCAAUUUGACCUUGACCGUCACCCUCUGUCAUCUUUAGAGGCCCUGGAAUACUGGAAAGGAGUAUCAGAACCGCGGGUUGCUUGGAUACCUAACUCUCAUUCUACUCCAUUAUCUUCGCCUUGUUAGCGUUCUGUUCUUGGUUCGAUGAGUUCAAACCUCUCAACACCUGCCAAAAUGUCCUUAGUCUAUCCAAGCUCAACCCCGGACUGGAACAACCAUCAAGUCAUUCAUCGCAACACGCUGCCUCCCCGGAGCCACUUCUUUCUCUACCCAGACAGCGAGAAAGCAUUGACUCGUGAUGUCUCCUUGGCCAAGGCCCAGCUUCUCUCUGGCGAAUGGAAGUUCAACCUCUCCAAAUCGCCUUUGGUAGGUCCAGUUGGCUUCCAACACUUUGAUUCCUUCACGGAUCCGGACUGGAAACCCAUCCAUGUCCCGGGCAUGUGGCAACUUCAGGGCUUCGGAAAAGGCCCGCAUUAUACCAACAUUAACUACCCUUUCCCCGUGAACACUCCACGUGUUCCCAUUGAUGAGAACGAGUGCGGACGCUACGUGACAUAUUUCCAGCUUGCCCCCGAAGACAAGGACCACCAACUGCGCCUUCGCUUCGAAGGUGUCGACUCGGCUUUUACAGUCUGGUUGAAUGGCAAGAAUGUCGGCUACUCCCAAGGCUCGCGGAAUCCAUCCGAAUUUGACAUCACCCCAUAUGUGAAUCUUAAAGGAGACAAUAUUCUUGCCGUUGAGGUCUACCAACGAUGUGACGGCACCUACAUCGAGGAUCAGGACCAAUGGUGGCUGAGUGGCAUCUUUCGCGAUGUCUGGAUACACAAGUUUCCCCAGAAGUCUCACUUCAAGGAUGUCAAGAUUUUGCCAACCCUAGACAACGAGUACAAGGAUGCCAAGCUAUCCGUGACUGUUGAACUUAGCAGCCCAGAAGAGUUCACUUUCCGGCUGUUGAAUAUCAGUGGUGGCGAAGUCAUUCAGGGCACAAUCUCUGGAGAACAGUCCACCGUUAUGGAGUUCAACAUCAAAGACCCCCUAAAGUGGACGGCCGAGACGCCGAACCUGUACACGUUAGUAUUGAGCAUGUCAGAUUGUGCUCUGACCGAGAGAGUAGGUUUCCGCCGCGUUGAACUUCUCGAUGGCGUAUUCUCUGUCAACGGAAAUCCCAUCAAGCUGAGAGGCGUCAACCGCCAUGAACACCAUCCCGAUUUCGGACGCGCCGUCCCAUACGAGUGGCUCAAGAGAGAUUUGUUGCUCAUGAAACAGCACAACAUUAACGCCAUUCGGACUUCCCACUACAUCAACGACCCUCGGCUAUACGAGUUAGCGGACGAGCUCGGCUUGUGGAUCCUGGAUGAAGCUGACCUGGAAUGCCAUGGAAUCUUUGUUGUCGGUGGUGAUGGUAACAAGAUUCUCUCUGACAACCCCGAGUGGAAGGAGGCGUAUCUUGACCGCGCACGCCAGAUGGUCAUGCGUGAUUACAACCGCCCUUCCAUCAUUAUCUGGUCGCUUGGAAAUGAAUCCGGCUACGGCAGUAACCACAGAGCCAUGUACGAGUACAUCAAGAGCGUCGACACCAGUCGUCCUAUCCACUAUGAAGGUGACUGGAACGCUCAUUCGGCCGAUAUCUUCAGCAGAAUGUACACAUCGGUUGACGACAUGGAGCGCUACGCCAGGGAGCCGUCGUGGGACAAACCUUUCGUCAUGUGCGAAUUUGCCCAUGCCAUGGGCAACGGACCAGGUGCUCUGAAGGAGUAUAUUGAGCUUUUCUACAAAUGGCCUAGACUCAUGGGAGGCUUUGUCUGGGAGUGGGCGAAUCACGGUCUGACAACCAAAAACAAAGAAGGAGAAGAGUACAUGGCCUACGGCGGCGACUUUGGAGACGAGCCCAACGACGGUAACUUCGUUUUGGACGGCCUUUGCUUCUCUAAUCACACUCCCACCCCUGGUCUGUUAGAGUACAAGAAGGCCAUCGAGCCUGUCCAGACACUCAACCUUGAGAAUGGCAAUCAGGUGCGAGUCGUCAACAGAUACGACUUUGUAACUCUUGACCACCUCAAGUGUCUCUAUUACUACUCAGACGAUGAGCCCGAAUGGAUUGAGAAACGGGAGGUUAAGAUCCCUAAAGGAGUCAAACCACACGAACAAGCCCUCAUCACCAUCUCCGACCUACUCGACGCCGAAGCGCUCCAAGCCGCCGGCCGCCACGACUGCUACCUAACACUCGAAUUCUCCCUCGCCGAAGCCACCAACUGGGCAGGAACCAACCACAUCCUCGCCACAGGCCAGUUCCCUCUCACACCCCCGCACAACCCCUUCGCCAACUUCCCCGCCGCCACCAACGCCCACUUCAACCUCCUCUCACCCACUCUCCUCUCCAUCACUGUUCCCGGCUCCAACUCCACCACCUACGAAUUCGACCUCUCCAUCGGCGCCCUCACAAGCUGGAAACGCCCCCCCUCUUCCGCCAACAUCCUCACCACCCCCCUCGCCCUCUGCCUCUACCGCGCCCAAACCGACAACGACCACGGCUGCGACUUUGGUCGCAACUGGACCUCUUCGCGACUAAACAUGGCUAAACACCACGUCCUCUCCACAUCAUGGGCCCCCACCGCCUCUCCUCCGACCAUAACCAUCAAAGGCCGCUUCGCGCCCCCUGUACUGAACUGGGCACUCGAAACCACAACCGUCUACUCCUUUCUCGAAGGCGGCAAGGUCAACGUCAAAAUGCACGGAAAACCCGUAGGUAACUGGCUGCCGCGUGCAUGGGCGCGCUUGGGGUUAGAGGUUGGAUUGAAGGACGUACAUUCUGCGUCGUGGCAGGGUCGCGGGCCGGGGGAGUCGUACCGCGACAAGAAGGAGUCGCAGCUUGUUGGGUCUUGGACAAGUACCAUUGAUGAACUAUGGACCGAGUACGAGUUCCCGCAGGAGGGGGGAAAUAGGACGGAUGUGAGGUCGGUGGAGUUUAGGACGGAGGGGUGGGACAUGGUGCUGGGAGCGAGGUUUGUCGAGCCCAAUGGAGAGAAUACGAGUUUUCAGGCGAGUAGGUAUACGGUGAUGGAUGUGGAGGCGGCGAGACACCCGUUUGAGUUGCAUAGGAAGAGGAGGGAGGAUACGAUUGUGCAUUUGGAUUGGAUGCAUCAUGGUUUGGGCACGGGGAGCUGUGGGCCGGAGACGAGGCCGGAGUAUACGCUGUGGGCGGGUAGGGAGUAUGAAGUUGAGAUGAUGUUGUAUUGAGUUCUUUGGAUCUGAGAUAUCUGUCAUUUAUGAGCUUUGAAGUAGGGGAGGUGGUUUGUAAAGCAUAGCUACCUAAGGUAGUUGUGGAAGUCAGAACAUCAUCAUUUAGUUGGAAACAAAAGAAGAUAAAAAUGAAUGACUAUAAUGAAGAGCCCAAGGAAAUCCAUACUCGGCAGCAGCAUGCAUGCCAUUCGACAGUAGUUGUGUUCAGCACAACAGUUAAACCAGCGACGACCCUUUGCACAAUGUCCUAUAUCAGCCGCACCUCCAUCUCCCUUGUAAAGCUGGUCAUUCGUGGCCAGUCAUCUUUGCUCACUUCGAUUGAGCAACUGUCCAGUUUCUCGUGAAAUGUGCGAGCCUUCCCAUCUGAUAACCUUGUCACCGGUCUGAGUAUCGUCCCC